UAUGCAUGAUUCCAGAAUUUAAUACUUUUCCCAUACAAUCGCGAUGCCAACUCUCUCUGUAGUGAAUUUCAACAUCGUCUGCGCACUCCUCGGGGGUUUCAUCUCGCUGUUUGGGCUUGUGUCCUUUUUAUGCAAGGAGAAAUUUUACUUGUCCGAAGCAUUGAUUUCCCUUCUUACUGGGGUUGUCUUCUCACCCGAUGCCGCUAACCUUAUUCGGCCUUCAGAGUAUGCAUUAGGAUCCAAUCAGAAUGUCGAAGUUAUUACCUUGUAUUUCACAAGACUAGUCUUGGGCAUACAAUUAUUUCUAGCUGGCGUUCAGCUGCCUAAACGCUAUUUGCAGGUCGAAUGGAAGAGCUUGGCGCUGUUGCUGGGUCCUGGCAUGGCAGCUAUGUGGAUAUGUAGCAGUCUCGUGAUCUGGGCCAUGACUCCUGGUCUGCAAUAUCUCCACGCCCUAGUUGUGGCCGCAUGUAUCACUCCUACAGAUCCAGUCCUGUCAAACUCUAUUGUCAAGGGGAAGUUUGCAGAUCGAUAUGUCCCACGCAGUUUGCAACGCAUGAUUGUCGCUGAAUCAGGUGCCAACGACGGGCUAGGAUACCCAUUCUUAUUCCUUUCUCUCUAUCUAAUGAAGUACACUGGAAUGGAAGGAUCGGACGCCAGUGGCGGAGCAGCGAAGGCCAUCGGCAUGUGGUUCUAUGAGAUAUGGUGCUACGACAUUAUACUCAGUAUCUUUUACGGUGUGGUUGUGGGUUGGCUGUCUCGAACGCUGCUACAUUGGGCAGAAGAGAAUCGUUAUGUGGAUCGCGAGAGUUUUCUCGUGUUUGCCAUCUCUCUAGCUUUGUUUACUCUAGGAACUUGCGGUCUGAUUGGGACCGAUGAUCUUCUUGCAUGUUUUGUCGCCGGAAAUGUGUUUACCCAGGAUGACUGGUUUCGCCUGGAAACAAUGGACGAUUCGCUCCAACCGACUAUCGAUAUGCUUCUUAACCUCUCGAUAUUCAUGUGGUUUGGCGCUGUAUGUCCGUGGUCAUCCUUCGUUAACAACAGCGUAAUUCCACUCUACCGCUUGGUAUUCCUCGGUAUACUCAUCCUGCUCUUACGACGAAUGCCUGCUAUUCUCGCAAUGCAUAGGGCCAUACAUCAAAUUGAAAAAUUGACUCAAGCAGCGUUCGUGGGGUUCUUUGGUCCUAUUGGCGUUGGUGCUAUCUUCUAUUUGUCCGUGUGUCGAGAGGCACUGAGAAAUAUGACAGUGGAUGGCGAGGUGCGCGCUGAUUCUCAACAUCUCUUAGAAGCAGUCGAGGUGAUUGUCUGGUUUUUGGUCAUUUGCAGUAUAAUCGUACAUGGACUUUCGAUACCUUUAGGGAAGGCGGGGUACCAUCUACCGAGAACUAUAUCAAAUGCUUUGGGCAACAGCUCGGUUCAAGAACAGGCCGCCAUUCCGGUGGAUUUACUUCAGCAAUCUCAUAGCACUGCAACCCCAGUUUCCAACUUAGAAACAUUUCAACGUCACAGGCCUGUCUAUGAAGACACUAUAGCGACAAGGGAAUGAACUCAUUUAUCUUUAAGGGACAAACAAUAUGCCUGGUGACGCUUGCAGUAGAAGCAGAGCCCGUGUUUCUUUUAGAACUCUUCAUGUCCUCGGAGCUUACAAGGUCGGCAGAAGGUCCGUUACGACCUGUUUUCAAAGGCCGUGACAGAUUGUUCCUGAACCAAACAUACAAUGUGCUGCCUUGUCGACUUUCAGACGCGGUUGCAAGAUCAUUGUCAAACAAUUCAAAGCAAGCAUCAAGUCGAAUUUGAAUGAAGUAUUUAUGUUACUAGGAUGAAUCUCAUGGAAUGCUCUCCGCUAGCGCUAUUAACUUUACAGUCUCCACUAUUGCUCGUUGAGGCCGCUAUGCCCACAAUUCAGCUAUGUGACCAAGUGUUUUCCAUGGUUUUUAUUUCUACUAUUAGG